AUGCGACAACCACCAAUGCUCAUGUUCCGUCGGGCACUCGUCCGUCGCUGCUAUAGCACAUCGGCAGCGCUCCCGACGCUCACACCUCCUCCCGCAUCCUUUACGCGCGCCGAACUCGCCAAGAUCCAAAAGGUCCUCCUCCCUGCACCCAUGGAACCCAUCGCAACAUUGGCUCCCCACACACUGGCAAACAUGGCCAAACCGCCGCGUGAAGCUGCGGUUCUUAUCCCACUGUGCAACAUUGGAGGAGUAGCGCAUCUCCUUAUGGAGGUGCGUGCCGCGGGCUUGCGCGUGCAUGCCAGCGAAGCAAGCUUCCCCGGUGGCAAGUGGGAAGAUGGCGACGAGAACAUGGUUGCAGCGGCACUGCGAGAGACAGAAGAAGAGCUGGCUCUGCCCCAAGACCACGUCGAGAUCCUCGGCAGCCUUCCUCCAGAGUACAGCCUGGGUAACAAGUCACGCGUGUGGCCCGUGAUCGGCUUUGUCAACUGCGAAGACGCAGUUGAAGCAGCGAUAGAUGACGCUGUCGACCCGUCCGACCGUCUGCAUCGCCCAAUCCCUUCCAUAUCGCUCUCCUCGCUCAAGCCUGACGCAGGCGAGGUGUCCGGCCUUCUCCCCCUUCCGCUCAGCGCUGUCGCCGAUCCAGCACGCAUGUCCCCACACUACUUUCGCCUUGAUGGCCACCGCCCAUACUGGAAGAUCCGCUGCGGCGACUUGGUCAUCCCACCUCCCGAAGACGAGGGGCCCGAGCCGCUCGAGAUCUGGGGACUGUCAGGCUGGUUCCUCUCACGCCUGGCCGUGCGGUGCGGUUGGAGUGAUACACCUGAAGUCAGUCUUCCCCCAGAAGACGACUAG